AUGGAUCUCUGCGACAACGGAGGCGUCGCUUUGCGGAAGAGGGCAGCGUCGGGAAGGAGGUGGAGGAGGGCGAGUACGAUGCGGCGUGUGACGCAUGCGUGUUCAGAAAGGGGGUUCUGCGUUUUCUGUAGGUCACCUGUGUACGAUGUCUAAGGAGAAAGUAGAAAUUCCAGGUCCACCCACAUCAAAAUGCAUUCUGUAUUGGAAAAGAAAGGUCAAGUCAGAAUACAUGCGUCUUCGACAACUCAAAAGACUUCAGGCAAACAUGGGAGCUAAGGGAUUCUACAGGAGAAAUAUGCAGCAACAUCUUCCAUCUGUUUCUGAGGGAGAGGGGAAAACCUUUAUUUGGGGAUACCUGGAAUUCCCCUCAACCCUUAAGUUUCACCAGAGUAGUGGGCAGUGGUGUUUCCAGCACAGAGGCGAGGCAAAUUCCUCUGGCCUAACAGAGAAUUUAUUUGUGUCUAACUUCACAAAGAUUCAGGAAAAGAUAAACAUCCUAAACGAUGACUGGAAGAAGCUUAGAAUUCAGCCUAUUCAGUCUAUGAAGCUGGUUGGAGGAAACCCUUUUCUCAAACAGUGCACAGUUGAGAGCAGCUUCCCCACUUUGAGCACCCAGACUUUGUUCAUGCGAACUCUAAACACUGUAGCCUUGGUGCCUAUCAUGUAUUCCUGGUCUCCACUCCAGCAGAACUUCAUGGUGGAGGAUGAAACUGUGUUGUGCAACAUCCCUUACAUGGGAGAUGAAGUAAAAGAAGAGGACGAAACCUUCAUCGAGGAGCUCAUUAAUAACUAUGAUGGCAAAGUCCAUGGAGAAGAAGAAUUGCUCCCAGGUUCUGUUCUGAUCAGUGAUGCUGUUUUUCUGGAGUUGGUAGAUGCAUUAAACCAAUAUUCUGAGGAAGAAGACGAAGGACACGAUACAGUAGAAGGCAAACUAGAAGCUUUGAAGGAAGACCUGCCUGUCACACGGAAGAGGAAACGACUUACAAUGGAAAGUAACAAGAAAAGUUCAAAGAAGCACUUUCCAAAUGACAUGAUCUUUACAGCUCUUUCAUCAAUGUUUCCUGAGAAUGGCUAUCCAGAAGACAUGAAAGAAAGAUAUAGGGAGCUGACAGAAGAAUCCGACAUGAAUGUGCUUCCACCCCAGUGCACACCAAAUAUAGACGGGCCGAAUGCCAAAUCUGUUCAGCGUGAACAGGCUCUGCAUUCCUUUCACACACUUUUUUGCAGGCGGUGUUUCAAGUAUGACUGUUUCCUCCAUCCUUUUCAUGCAACUCCAAAUGUUUAUAAGCGGAAAAAUGUGGAGACCAAAAUUGAGACGGAGCCUUGUGGAUCAGACUGCUUUUUGUGGUUGGAGGGAGCCAAAGAAUUUGCCAUGAUGCAUAACCCUCGGUCAAAAUAUGCUGGACGGCGUCGACGCAGGAACCCCAAUCUCAGUGCCACUGCCUCCACCAGUGCUGCAGCCUCUACAAGUGCUGAAGCAAAAGAAGGUGAUAGUGACAGAGAUACAGGCAAUGACUGGGCAUCCAGUUCCUCAGAGGCAAACUCACGUUGCCAAACUCCAACCAAGCCAAAGCUGAGUCCAUCAUCUUCUCAACCCUUCAUGUCUGAUGUGCCUCUGGAGCCUGUAGAGUGGACAGGGGCAGAGGAGACUCUCUUCCGUGUUUUCCAUGGAACUUACUUCAAUAACUUCUGCUCUAUUGCUCGGCUUCUGGGAACCAAGACAUGCAAGCAGGUCUUUCAGUUUGCUGUAAAGGAAUCCUUGAUAACAAAGCUACCAGUUAAUGAGCUCCUGAAUCCCUCCCAGAAGAAAAAGAGGAAGCACAGGCUCUGGGCUGCUCACUGCAGGAAGAUCCAGCUUAAGAAAGACAAUUCAUCAACUCAAGUGUUCAACUACCAACCCUGUGACCAUCCAGACCAUCCUUGUGACAGCUCCUGUCCUUGCAUUAUGACACAGAAUUUCUGUGAGAAAUUCUGCCAAUGCAAUCCUGAUUGCCAGAACCGGUUCCCUGGCUGCCGUUGCAAGACUCAGUGCAACACUAAGCAGUGCCCCUGCUAUCUGGCUGUGCGGGAAUGUGAUCCAGACCUCUGCCUGACCUGUGGGGCAUCAGAGCACUGGGACUCCAAGGUGGUUUCCUGCAAGAACUGCAGCAUCCAGCGGGGCCUCAAGAAGCACUUGCUGCUGGCCCCAUCAGAUGUUGCUGGAUGGGGAACUUUCAUUAAGGAAUCUGUGCAGAAGAAUGAAUUUAUCUCUGAGUACUGUGGGGAGCUUAUCUCUCAAGAUGAGGCUGACCGACGUGGCAAGGUGUAUGACAAGUAUAUGUCCAGCUUCCUCUUCAACCUCAAUAAUGAUUUCGUUGUUGAUGCCACACGCAAAGGCAACAAAAUCCGCUUUGCAAAUCACUCCGUCAAUCCUAACUGUUAUGCCAAAGUGGUGAUGGUGAAUGGAGAUCACCGCAUCGGGAUCUUUGCCAAGAGAGCAAUUCAGGCAGGUGAAGAGCUCUUUUUUGAUUACAGGUAUAGCCAAGCAGAUGCCCUCAAAUAUGUCGGCAUUGAAAGAGAAACAGAUGACAUCUGAUUGAAAUUACUGGCCCUCAGUGUUCGCAGCCAGUAUCACUGCAUCCUAUUCAUGCUGCUUUCUUUGUUGCUAUAUAUAUAAGGGUUUCAUUGCACCUGGAUUCCUCUUUAGAGAAAGGAAAGAUCCAGCUUUUUCUAUGGACUUGAGAUUCUGAUUCCAAGGCCACUUGACUGGCAGCUAGUGACACCAUGAAGAGUUCUGCUGAAUUACUAUUAGGAGGAAGAUGAGGAGGCUCUGAAAAGGCAAAGUGGUUUAAGACCCUUUUAUAUGCUGAAGCUUGUAAAUGGAUUUGAUUCAUCGGUUAAAAAAUUAUUUGAGCUGAAGAAUGUAUUUCUUUGCUCUGGCUGCAGGCAAAUUUAGAGCAGAGAUUAUCUCAACACAAAUGUCACUUGCAAAGAAAAUCAUAAAGUAUUAUACAGAGGCCAAGGGAGGGGAUUAAUUCAUUUUUAUUAAUUAAUUCCUGAUGAGUUAACAUUUGUUCCCAAACCUCUAUAGUUCCUUUCCUUCAGUUAGUGACUUGUUACAACACUCUCUAAUCCUAUUCUCUUUCCCUCUUGGGUUUCAUACUACACUUUCAGCAGUGAAUUAUUAUUUUUUCUUAGUUAGUUUAAGGACUCACAUAUUUGGUUUUGUUCUUCUCUUAAAACAUUAAAUGUUUUUUUAAAGCCACAAGAGGUAUUCUUGAUACACAUAUGAAAACAGAACAAUUGGGUGACGCAGCAGAGUAUAAUAGUCUUUUAAAGAGCAAUUAAUUUGUCACCCACUUUUAAAAUCUAUUCCCCCCCCCCAUAUAUGUCCAAAACAAUCAAUUAGCAUGCACUUUAGAAUUAUUUGCUCCAUGAAGACAAGGAAUUGGGCUCCCUGUGGGUUUAUAAGAAGUGAAAAUAGAUUCAACUUCCAUUGUAUGGAUUACUGUAGAAACCAGAAACUGACUUUCUCAUAAGUUGAUACAUGACAGCUACAAAUCAAUCAUAAAACUGGCUUAUUAUACUGAUAAAAUGUGUUUAUUGGUGCCAGCAAUAGUUUGAAUUUACUACAUGGGUAAGUCUCCUUGUGUGACAUAGUAACAUCAAUGUCAGCCUUGGAGAAGACAGAAAUGUAGUUUAUGGAACUUGGCAAUGUGUGUGUAGAAUGAGAUAUACACAAACAUGUAUUAGCUACGCAAAUAGCAUUAUUUGGCCUAAGAGUAUUCAGUUGCUUCUGAUCACGCCAGCCAUGUAAUUGUGAAAGUGUUAGCACUUCUGCACAAACAUUCCAUCUGUUCAUUUCCUGGGCUGAAAGUGAGCCUGGAACAAAUGAAACAAUGCUAAAUAGUAUAGUUGAGCAUAUGUAGAGUGCCUUUACUGCUGGCUAAGCACAGCCUGCUGUCUACAAUAAGGGAAAGAGUAUAUAAAUGUGGGGGGACAUAGUGUUCGUGGUCUCUUAGAAAUCAAGGAAUUCGGUGGCAGCAGCAAGCCCUCCACUACCCUAUUUACUACUGCUUCACCUUUUCUAGCUGCUUAAUAAUUGUGAGAAAAAUAUCUGCUUAAUGUAAUUUGUAUCUAAUAUGAGUGAAAUUUAAUUAUUUAGAGCUAAAUAAUAUAGUGAAAUUAAUUUCAGCGUGAGAAAAGAAUGCCAUGUAAUUACUAGAUUUAGUUUGCUUUUUUUUAAGCCAUUUUUUGUCACUUGCAGCUUAUAGUAGAAUGCAUUCCUGAGAUGCAAUUUAAAGUUGGAAUGCUGCAUUACUUUUUUUGGGAGAGCUGUCAGCCUGCUUUCUCAAAAAGCAUCCUUAAGCACCUGGUUGAGUUAGAAAUGUUAAGUCUUCUCAAGGGAAGAAGACAUUGCUGUAAGAGACAUUAAUUUCUGGGAGAAAAUAGUUUGAGGGACAAUAUGAAAAAUGGUAGUGGACCUUUUGUUCAAUUAAGUGUUAUGUUCUUAGUUUGUUUUUUUUUUGAAUUGGGAAAAGGGAAAAGCCAAGGUGCCUAGUCUUUAGCUACUGCAGUCAUAGCACAGUGAUGCAGCUUAACUGCCUCUGGCAAAGUUGUAACCAGGCUUAUUGCUUAGCUGUUGUCUAGCAUCCAUACAGUGUAGAUAUAAGAAGGAAAAGGAGUCUCAUGCAUGCAGACCUGACUACUACCUGCAGACUAAUAGAUAGUACCAAUAGUGCAAGAAGGGCUAUCACCGCUUAAUUUGGGCAGUGAGUUUCAUGACUGAUCAACCAACUUUCUGAAAGGUAUCCAUUGCAGAAAUGGUUGGUCUUAAAAGUGAUGCAGUUUAAUAUUUUUGUCAGGAGCUAGACCCGCAAUACUAUAGUUGGUGUUGUGUAUGAUUGCCUGUGUUUGCAUCUUGACUCACAAAAGUAUUGGUUGGUCUUUCAGCUGAUGGGAUGUUUAGACUUCACCUCGGUACUGCAUAGUAUUUUAUAACACAAACAUAUAUUGCUUAGUACUUCUCAUAUACUGCAGCUAUCGAAGAUGCCAGUUACUUAUAUAGCAGCAAAAACAUUUAUGCUUCCCCCACUUUAUACUUCAUUGAACUGCUUUUCUUCUAGGCAUGGUGGUUCAGGAGCCAGCGGCUGCAUGGCACCUCCAUCUUCUGAUUGCUUAUGACUCUUAGCUUUGCUGCUGGUAACUUAUGUGCACUUUAUAUUAUCGCUUGUAAAAGUUUGUCUUAAUAAAGGUGUAGUGAUAGCUAAAUAAAA